CCAACUUCCUCCCGGCGCUGGGCAGUGAGGCCUGGUCGGACAGCCGCUGCCUCGGCUGAACACGAGGAGGGGGGUCCCACGUCCCGUCAGGGGUCAAGGUGUCCUCGCUGCCUGCCAGCCGGGCCCAGCGUCGUCAUGCCGCGCCGCCAGAAGAACAAGCUGCGCGCCCGCCAGAAACGCCACGAGGGCCAGGGUGAGGGGCAGGGUGUGGAGGGUGCUCAGGCCGCCGCCGCCGCCGCCGCCGCAGCAGCAGCGGCAGCAGCGGCGGCGGCGGCGGCGGCGGCGGCGGCGGAGCCCCUUGGGGAGGCUUCCCCGGGGUCCCCCCGGGCGGGUGCAGCCCAGCAGCCUCAGGGUGCCCCGGCCCCCGGGGCCCCCGGGGCCCCCGGCGCAGGCGCUGCAAGCCCGCCACGUGAGCAGGGCGCCGAGGGCCCGGCCGCGCCCCCCGGCCCGGGCGCCCGCAAAGACCCCCUCAGCCGCAAGGCCGACAUGCUGGUGCGGUUCCUGCUGGAGAAGCACGCCAGCAAGGAGCCCAUCACGCGGGCCGCGCUGCUGAAGAUCGUCAGCAGGAAGUACGAGGCGCACUGGGCCGAGAUCCUCAGGCGCACCUCGGAGCGCCUGCAGCUGCUCUUCGGCCUCCAGCUCCGGGAGGGCGACGCCGGCGGCCGGGCCUACGUGCUGGUCAGCAAGCCGGGCCUGGAGGGCGACGGCGGCGACAAGGGGCUGCCCAAGAGCAGCCUGGUCAUGGCGCUGCUGGGCGUGAUCUUCAUGAAGGGCAACCGCGCCAGCGAGGAGGAGGUGUGGGAGUUCCUCAACGUGCUGGGCGUGUACGCGGGCCGCAGGCACCCGAUCUUCGGGGAGCCCAGGAAGCUCAUCACCCAAGACCUGGUGCGCCAGAAGUACCUGGAGUACCGCCACGUGCCGGGCAGCAAGCCUCAGCGCUACGAGUUCCUGUGGGGCCCGAGAGCCCGCGCCCACACCAGCAAGAUGGAGGUGCUGCAGGUGCUGGCCAAGAUCAACGACACGGUGCCCAGCUGCUUCCCCCAGCUGUACCAGGAGGCCCUGCUGGAAGAGGCGGCGCGCGAUAGCUCCGCAGGCGCAGCCAGGGUGGCCUCCGCUGGCGAGGCUGCGGGCCCUUCGGGAGCCGGGGAGCCGUCCCGGGCCCGGGUGGGCCGCUGCCGCCGAAUCUAGCGAGGCGGGUGGGGCGGCUGCUCCUCCUGCUCGGGGCGGAAGGGGGCCCUUGACCUUCCAGGUAGUGCAGAGUCCGGGGGCUGGAGGGAAGUAAGUAGAUCUUCUUCAUAUUUGUUCUAAACUCUUAACUAAUAUCAACACACAUAUCAUUCGUAUUUAUUUAGGUGUUUACAAGUUUUUUCCUAGUAUCCCUUAUUUAGCGCUAGAAUAUAAACUUAAGAAUGGCAUGGCUCUUACCUCCAUGGCUGUUCCUCAAGGGAGAGUUACAGUGUUGCUGUGUGCAAAACAAAGCCACAGACCAUCCAUAUUGCAUUUAUGGUCCAGAAGUAGGUAACAUGGCAUGCAGUAGGGAUUUUCAUGGCCGUGUGAGAAGAGGAAAACGGAAAAGAGUGGGGAAUAGCUAACGGAGAAACACUAGUUAAAUAAAAAGA